AUGCAACAAGAAGAUUUAAAAUGGAGAUUAGAUUUAAUGUCGCGUGAUAUGACUCGUGUAAGACGUGGUGUUGCUACGGAUCAUGGAGAAAAUCAACAUAACUAUUUUUCAAUGGUUAUUCCACUUCAAGAUCAACGUUGGUCAUUUGUUAAUUGGUUUACAAAUAAACUUUGGAUUGUUGAUCAACAAGGAAGAAAAACAAGAUUAGUUAAAGAAACAAAAAUAAAAAUAUUAGAAAUAUUUGUGUAUCAACUGAUAAUUCUUAUAUGGCUAUUAGAACUGAAAAACCAUCAGCACUUAAUAUAUAUAAACUUGAUUAAUUCUUUUCUUUUUCUUCAUUUCGUUCAAUUAUAA